AUGGAGUUUUAUGAGUCCACCUACUUUAUCAUCCUCGUUCCUUCUGUGGUUAUUACAGUCAUCUUCCUCUUCUUCUGGCUUUUCAUGAAAGAAACUUUAUAUGAUGAAGUCCUUGCAAAACAGAAAAGGGACCUAAAGUUUCCACCUACCAAGACUGAUAAAAAGAAAACGGAGAAGAAGAAGAACAAGAAGAAAGAAGCUCAGAACGGGAACAUCCAUGAGUCUGAUUCUGAAAGUACACCUCGGGACUUUAAGCUUUCUGAUGCCCUGAGUACAGAUGAAGAGCAUGUCGCUCCUGUUCCCUUGAGCGUGACUGAAGCGUCUACCGGCGUUAGAGAACGGAAGAAGAAGGAGAAGAAGCAUAAGGCCGUUCAAGAUGAUCAUGUAACCAAGGAGUCAGAAGGAUCCAAGUCUUCAGGCAAGAAAGUAGAACCAGUCCCUGUUACAAAACAGCCCACUCCACCAUCUGAAUCAACAACAUCUAAGAAGAAGUCUGGGCAGAAGAAGCAGAAAAAUGGAAUGGAUGAUCAAGAUACUAAGACUGAUUCUGUUGCAUCUCCUGCCAAAAAGCAUGACCCAGUGCUGCUCCACCAGGAAAUAAAGCAAGAAAAUGUAUCGGGAAAGAAAAAAGUCUCUGCGAAGAAGCAGAAAGUUGAUAAUGUUUUGGUGGAUGAACCCCUUAUACAAGCAACUACUUAUAUUCCUUUGAUGGAUAAUGCUGAUGCAGGCACUUUGGAAAAGCGAGAAGUGGUUGAAGUAGCAAAACAAAACAUGCAUGAGGGGAUCCAGAAGAGCAGUGGCAAGAAACCGAAGAAUGGAACGGAUAAAGAGAAUGCUGAAGUAAAAUUUAAAGACUUUGUAAUGGCCAUGAAGAAUAUGAUCUUCACUGAAGACGAGGCCCGUUGCAUAGUGGACGUGUUAAAAGAAAAAUCCAGCGCAAUUCAUGAUGUCUUGCAAAAGGCUAGCAAGGCUGAGUCGGCUGCAGCUGCACAUCAGCUACAAGACAAAGAGAAAAUGCUCGCUGCGAUGAAGGAGGAGGCAGCCGUGGCAAAGGAGCAGUGCAAGCAGCUGACCCAGGAGCUGGUUGCAGAGAAGGAGAGGAACGGCUUGCUCACAGCGAAGAUGCGAGAGCGCAUCAACGCGCUGGAAAAGGAGCACGGCACUUUUCAGAGUAAAAUACACGUUAGCUACCAGGAAUCGCAGCAGAUGAAGAUAAAG